CGCUAACCAACUACCGUUUGACCCGCGUCGCAGACGUCUCUCAUUUUCUCCGACCGACACUCCUGUCACCGUCACCGCCCAGCCGUCCCGUUCCUCUCACCAUGAUCCGGCGCAUCGCGCACUGAAACACGGUCGACAACGCUAGCAGCUUGGCGAAUUCCAAUUGAUAGCGCGGGGCAGCCAAGAUGGGCAAACACGUUCUCUCCACCGACGAAGAGCUUGGCAAGCGGGACGAUGACCACAUCCCGGGGACGGCGCGGGCCUGGAGCUCGAAGAAGCUGCCGCUCGCGGUACACUAUCGGCGGAGGAGGGUCGCCUCGGCCAUCAUAUCGGGUCUGCUCGUCUGGCUGCUGUACCAUGUAUUCACAGCGACCCAGUCGGAUCCCUUUGACGACUAUGUUGGCGGAGCGCCGCCUGGUGGACACCCUGUUGCGCGCGACCGCCCGGUCGCGCCCCGUGGCGCCCCGCCGAUGACAGCGGGGGAGGACGACUUGGACGUGGCGAAGCACUACUAUAACGGUCGGAUCAAGUACUACGAGCUUGGAGAAUCGCUGCACGCGAUCAGCAAGACCAAUGGGCAUCGUCCGGAGAACAAGAACGUGCUGUUCGCCGCAUCGCACCUGCAGAGCGUUUCGACUUUGAUUCCUCUAGCGUGCGAGAUGGCCAAGUGGAACCGAAAUAACGUGCAUUUUGCAAUCAUGGGCAGGCAUGACGUUGCGCUGAGUGACAUCCUGGAGAUCAAUGGCGUGGACCUCGAGGGCUGUCCUGUCUACUGGCACGAUGCGCGCCCGGACUAUGUCUUGUACAGCUCCGAUUUACGGGCUGAAAUGAGCACGGCUGCCGCCAUGACACACAUCCACACGUUUAUGCACCCUCAGGCUGUGAUUAUGGAUGAUUCGUACAGGGAGGAUGUGUUUUUCGUGAAGGGUCUUCGUACGAGGGCAAACGACGAGAAUAUACCUGUCAUUGAGAUACCGAUGGAUAAAGCUGAGGGGCUUGAAUGGCUGACAAGGCUAGAUUCUGCGUCUCUGAAAGCGUGGCAUCGGCCGAGCAUUGAUGUUCUCAUUCACGCGUCGCCGCAGGCAACUGGCUCGUUGGUCAGGUUGAUCAAGUCCUUGCAAGAAGCCGACUAUUCGGGCCUGAAGCCGCCUCGACUCAUUAUAGAACUGCCGGCAAACACGGACACGUUCACGCUCCAGUUCUUGGAAAGGCUUGUGUGGCCGCCACCGUCAGGAUUUAGAGUGCUGCUUCACAAUCCAGACCAAGUCAUCCUCAGACACCGCAUCCCAAACAGCAAGGUCUCAGGCGAAGAAGCGUCCAUCCGCUUCCUCGAGUCCUUCUACCCCACCACAAAGCACGACUCGCACGUCCUUCUCCUUUCAUCCAACGCGCAGCUCUCCCCGCUCUACUACCACUACCUCCUCUUCCACCUCCUAGAAUACAAAUACUCGGCCUACGAAGGCUACAACAGCCCCUCGCACCUCCUGGGCAUCAGUCUGGAAACACCGUCCUACUACCUUAACGGCACAACGCCCUUCAACGCGCCCACGCUCUCUGCCAUGCGCAGCGAGAAAUACACGCAGCUGCAGGCGGGGCACGAAGAUGCCCUUGUGCCGUUCACAUGGCAAGCGCCCAACGCGCACGCAGCCCUCUACUUCGGCGACUUCUGGCCAGAGCUGCACUCGUUCCUGAGUCUGCGUCUCGCGGCCUUCCGGCGGCAAACCAAGCCGCAGCCGCGCCCCCGCUCCCUCCACGAAAGCGAGCCCAUCUGGACAGAGUACUUCCUCGAGCUGAUGCGCGCGCGCGGCUACUUCUUGCAUUUCCCCAGUCUCAGCGACUCGGAUGCCCUCGUCGCCCUGCACGGCGAGCUGUACACCCCGCCCGAGGAAGCGCUGCCCGCACCCACAGACGCCGACGCCGCCGCGGGCGCCGACGCUCCCGCCCCCUCUGAGACCGCGGCGCCGUUCCUCGUUGCCCCAGACACGCCGGCCGCGCCUCCAUUGGCCGCGGAACCGCCGCUCGCGCCCCUCACACGCCCCCUUCACCAAGUCCUUCCCUUCGACGCUAGCGCCCCGGAACUGCGCCAUCUCCCGCAGCUAGCGCAUACGGGCGAGGAGCUCGAAGUCGGGGCCUCGGCCGAGGCGACGGAGGAGGUGAGUCUGAAGUUUAGGCGCAGCGUGGGUGGGUGCGCGGAGGUGUUGGGUGGGGAGGCAGAGGUGGGGAAGAGGGAGUGGAUUGUUAGUGAGGGGAGUGCGCGGGACUUGUUCUGUUUUGGGGAGGGGGACGUGUGGGUUGAGAAGGAUGCGGAAGAGGAGGAAGAGGGGAAGAAGAAGGGUGCUGCUGGUGAGAAGAAAACUAGUGCGCGCAGCGAGGGGAAAGAAGACGCGACACCCCCGCGUACAAAAACUGAGUCUGACAUUGAGGCUGGUGCGGAGGCCAAGACCAACGGCAACAGCAACGGCGACGGCAAGACUGACACCGACACCGAGAUCGAGGUCCUAACCCAAGACGCCGCGGACGCAAUGGCAGAGUCGACGCGCCAGCAGGUCAAUGCCGGUAGAGCGGCUGCUGCGGCAGCAGAUCGUGAGAGCGAGAGCGCGCGGAGGAGUAAGCUUGAUAGUGGGGUUGAGGUUGAGAGCGAGGAGAGGCCGGAUAAGGGGCUGAGGAUGGCGGCUUAGGUGGUUCGUUGGCUGGGUUGGUGG